AUGGUCAAUUCCUACCAUUCUUCAAGUCUGAGCAAAAUCCCAGUGGAUAUUAGAGCUCUGAGCUCUCGAAUUGAUUGGUUCCGCCUAUGGAUCACCGGCGGAGCGCCCCUAAUUGCAAUAAUAAUCGGCAUCUUCUGGGUACCAUUCCAAUAUCGCACCGCAAUUUUUUUCUUCACUUAUGCGACGGCAUCUGGAAUCAGCAUUACUGCAGGAUAUCAUCGCCUCUGGGCACACCGGGCAUAUUCUGCUGGGAACUUUCUGAAAGUUAUUCUCGCAAUUGUCAGCACCAGCGCUGGACAAGGCUCGAUCAAAACAUGGUGUAGAGACCAUAGAGCCCACCACCGCUAUACAGACACGGACAGAGAUCCAUACUCUGCUCACAAAGGACUUUUUUAUUCACACUACGGAUGGAUUGUGAUCAAACGCAAGCGAGAACAAACAGGCCAGGUGGACGUUCAGGAUCUCUUGAAUGAUCCAAUUGUCCUAUGGCAGCGCAAGCACUACACUUCCUUAUUCUUUUUGACCGCUUUUAUAUUUCCAACAGCAUACUGCGGGCUUAUGUAUGGUGAUUAUGCUGGAGGGUUCAUAUGGGCCAGUUGGAUCCGAUUGUUCCUGAUCCAACAAGGAACCUUCUGCGUCAAUUCUCUCGCUCAUUGGGCUGGUGAUCAGCCUUACGCCAGCCGCCUCUCACCAAGAAACUCAUUUUUCGUCGCUCUCAUCACUUGGGGAGAAGGGUAUCACAAUUUUCAUCACGAGUUCCCGGUGGACUACCGCAAUGGGAUCAGAUGGUUCGACUAUGAUCCGACAAAGUGGUUUAUCUGGCUCUGCGAAAAAUUCAAUCUGGCCUCAAACUUGAAGCGAUUUCCUGAAAACGAGAUUCACAAGGGUAAGUUCCAGCAAAUUCAACGCCAGCUUGAAAUCCGGCGCCAAGAGAUAUCCUGGGGGACACCAAUAGACGAACUUCCGGUUUGGACUCUUGAAAGAUAUACCCAAACAGUUAACGAUGGUCGUCAAUUGCUUCUUAUUGAUGGUGUUGUUCAUGAUGUGGCCCAAUUCGUGGACCAACACCCCGGUGGAAAAGCCUUGUUACUGGAGCAUGUUGGCAAGGACGCUACGAGGCUGUUCCAUGGCAAUGGAAUCCAUGCUCACUCCAAUGCGGCCCAAAAUUUGCUCUCAACCAUGCGAUUUGCGAGGAUCUCUCAGAGCUCAGAGAAUUAA